AUGGGAGAAAAACCAUUUGAAUGUUUAGAGUGUGAGUGUGGGAAGAGCUUUAGUCAAUGCGCCAACCUGAUUAAACAUCAAGGAACUCACUCAGGAGAGAAGCCAUACAAAUGCGCAGUGUGUGGGAAAGGCUUUGGUCAGACCGGUAGCCUCACAAAACAUCUGAGAACCCACACAAGAGAGAAGCCCCAUAAAUGCUCUGAAUGCGGAAAGAGCUUCAGUCAGGCGCUGCUCGGCUACUGCAAACUCAAUCUUGUGGCUUCCUUUCGGGCAGCCGUUUUCAACCUUUUUUUUGCCGCAGCCGACCUGGUGGCCUUUGAAGAAGUGGCUAUCAAUUUUACGGAGGAAGAGUGGACUCUUUUGGAUCCAGACCAGAAGGCCUUGCAUGCAGAAGCUGCACAAAAACUAUGUAAGCGCUCAGAGUGUGGAAAGAGUUUCGUUGGGAGUGCUGAUUCUACCUAUGGUCCGGGAACCCAUACUGGUGAAAAACCCUAUGAAUGCUCAGACUGUGGAAAGAGCUUCAUGAAGAACAAUCAUCUUACGUCCCACCCAAAAAUCUACACGGAAGAGAAACCGUAUAAAUGCUCAGACUGCGGAAAAAGCUUUUCUGCCAGCACGACUCUCAAUUAUCAUCACAGACUCCACACCAGGGUGAAACCGUAUAACUGCUUAGAGUGUGGGAAAAGCUUCACUGAUAGCACUGCUCUUAAUUAUCAUCAAAGAGCCCACAGGGGAGAAUUGCCAUAUCAGUGCUCAGAGUGUGGGAAGAGCUUCACUCAGAGCAGUAACUUUAGAGCCCAUCAGAAUACCCACCAAGACCAAAAACCCUAUGAAUGCUCAGAGUGUGGGAAGGGCUUCACUCAGAGCAGCGGCCUGAUUAAGCAUCUUGGAACCCACAUGGGAGAGAAACCCUAUAAAUGUCCAGAGUGUGGAAAAACCUAUUGCGAUCAUGACGGGUUGAUUAAGCAUCAAAGAACCCAUAGCAGAGAAAAACCCUACACAUGCUCCGAGUGUGGGAAGAGCUUCAGUCAAUGCUCCACCCUUACCGAUCAUCAGAGAAUUCACACUGGGGAGAAACCAUUUAAAUGCUCAGAGUGCGGAAAGAGGUUUUGUAGGUGCAGUAACCUUAAUGAGCAUCAAAGAACACACACUGGGGAAAAGCCAUUUAAGUGCUCAGUGUGUGGAAAGAGUUUCUCUUGGAGUAAUAAUCUUAUAAAUCAUAAAAAUAUCCACACAGGGCAAAAACCGCUCACGUGUCCAGACUGUGGAAGAAGCUUCUCUCAGUCCAGUAGCCUCAGCAGACAUCAGAAGACCCACAAGGACAGAAGCUGGUUCAAUGGAGAGACGCCAUAUAAAUGUUUAGAGUGUGGAAAGAGCUUCACUCAGAGCAGUAACCUGACGGCCCAUCAAAAAACACACACAUGUGAGAAUCCAUUUACAUAUUCGGCUUGCGGGAAAAUCUUCUGUCACUCCAGCAGCCUUAGUAGACAUCAAAGAAUACACAAGGAGAGAAACUGUUUAAAUGGAGAAAUGCCAAAUAAACACUCAGUGUGUGUGGAAAGGUCGGCUCUGUGCUCUGCCCUUCAAGAUCAUCAAGGAAUCCACGUGGACAAAACAUCAUUUCAGUAUACAGGCUGUCGAAAGAGCCUCAAUCAACACAGUAAGCUUUUGCCCUGUCAACAAAAACAUGGCGGUCAAGAACUGGCCACAUGCUUAGAGUUGUGAAAAAGCUUCAGAGGGAGCUGCAGUAUUAGUAGAAAGCCCCCACAGAAGAAUUGCUGAAGGAAAGAAAACAGGUGGAGAACCCAUGACCCUCCCAGUGAAUUAUCAUUCCAUAUCAUCUCCCACCGUUGGCUGACGGAAACCGGGGUCCAAGAAUAUGUGAAGACUUCUAUGUCUUGAAAUGCAAAGUAACUUGUUUUUAGGUUUUUAGAAGUAAACGUAAGCAAGACCAAGUCACUUUGUGGUCUGUGUGUGUGUUGAAGUCUUGAUUGAUGGAGUUCUGUGUUUUUGUUUGUUCGUUUCUUUCUUUUGCUCCUUUUUCCAACUCUGCAGAGUUCAAAUAAACUUUGAAUGUUAAUGAUAAAUGCAUAGGGGUUAAUUUCAGUUAGGUUUUCCAUUCCUUGGUAAUGGUGUGCUGUCAAGUGAAUUCUGAUUUAUGGCGAUCCGUUCCAGGCAAACAGGACCCAAAGUGGUUCCCCAUUCCUUUCUUCUGGGAGUGCCCUGGGACUGUGCAGCU